UUUAGCACAUAAAGAACACUUUAUGACUAGAUUCCUGUAGUUUUGUGCAAUCGUCGCACUUCCGCAAAUCUCUCAGCGGUUGAACGAGACCUGAUCAAAAGCGCCACAGAAACAGGUGUACGCGGUAACCCGGAAACACCACCAACGAAAACAACAGGAGUCGUCUCGCUGAAGUCAUGGACAAGAGCAUUCAGCAGGAUUUUGAGAACCAGUUCAACGAUGUGGUUUCGAGGCUACAGUCGAAGCAGAUGUUUCAGUCGGACUGGGACAUUGCCUCGUUUGCCGUUUUCUUUAUCUUCAUAGGCAUGGUGCUGUUGCUGGUCAUCUUGGUUCUGAUCCGCUGCUGCUGCUGCUGCUGCUGCGAUGAGAAGCCAAGAAGACAGAAGGUGGGAGCCGAUAAUAUGGCAAUGGAGCCAUGAUCUUCCUGAAACACAGGCACCAUUACAACUGGGUUUCUUUCUCCAACAGUUAUGCCACCUUUUCAUUAUUUACGUGUGAACAAGUAAUCGAGGGAGAACUAUAUUUUAGCUAGACGCUUCCUUAUAGGGAUGAUAAAAGACAUUUUUCCUACUGUGUAAAAAUGCUGUUAAUAUUUAGCCAGGAAAUCACAUGAUUUGAAUGUCAUUGUCAGUUGUAUUUAUAGAUUUUUACAUAGAAGCACGCUCACCAGUUUUGAAGACAUUGGUUGCUUGAACCCUUUAAGCACUUUAUAACAAUCAUCCUGGAUGGGACUAGCGCAGGACUUUUACAAACAGCCUCUAUUAAAAUUCAUUUUAGUUGUUAUUUGAACAGUAAGUAUAACCUGUUAAUCUGUAGCCUGGCUGUUAAAACUGUUGCACUUAACCUAUAAUCUUUACUUCAACCAGCGGCCUUGUCCAAGUUUUAAGUGUUUUUAAUGAAUUUUUAAUCUGAAAUGUGCAUAUGAUACAGAACUUACAAGAGAGAGAGAGAGAGAGAGAAAAAAAAGAAGUUUUAAUGCUAAUAAGAGAAAUACUUGUGAAAACUAUACCUUGGAAAAAUGUCAAUAUUUGUUUUAUUUUUAGAAAUGUACCACAUUUGUAUAAAUAUUAGACUUUGUAAGCAAAUAAAAUACAUACCUUUAAAUGAAA